CUGCUCAUAAAACAAGAAGAGUUGGACAGGAAGCAGGACGAGGCGGAGCAGAAGAGAGACAGACUGGAGAAGCUGCAGGACGAGGUGGAGCGUACAACGGAGGAGCUGGCUGCACACAGAAAAGAGACGGAGUCACAUCUUAAAAACAAAAAACAGCAGCAAACUGAACUGCAGGAGCUGCAGGAGGAGCUGAGCAGGAGGAGGGAGGAGAGCAGCAGUCUGCAGGAGCAGUGUAAACAUCUGGAGUCCAGACGGAGACACGCUGACAGGUGUCUGUCAGCUGUUGAGGAGGAACUCACCAAACUAAGAGAGGAGCACAGCCGCUCCCAGCUCCUCAGACAGGAAGUGAUCCGAGACACAGCAGCCAAUCAGGAGCAGCUUAAUGAGAGCUCUGAGCUUCUGUCUCUGCUCAGUGAACGUCUGGAAGAGAAGAAGAAGCAGCUGCAGACAGUGGAGCAGGCGGUGUGUGUGGGGUCGGACAAUGUUAAAGCUGCAGUGUGUCAGCUGGAGGACAGGGGGCGCCGUCUGAGCCAACAGCAGCUGCAGCUCCACCAGCUCAAGGAGGAGCUGCAACAGAAAGAGGAGGAGGUGCAACAGAAAGAGGAGGAGGUGCAGCAGAAAGAGGAGGAGCUGCAGCAGAAAGAGGAGGAGCUGCAACAGAAAGAGGAGGAGGUGCAGCAGAGAGAGGAGGAGGUGCAGAGAAAACAUGAGGAGGUGAAGAAGAAAGAGGAGGAGCUGCAACAGAAAGAGGAGGAGGUGCAGCAGAAAGAGGAGGGGCUAAAACUCAGGAGGGAGGAGGUGCUAAAACUCAGGAGGGAGGAGGUGCAGCAGAGAGAGGAGGUGCAGCAGAGAGAGGAGGUGCAGCAGAGAGAGGAGCACAGCAGGGAGGCGUCACAGGAGGAGGACGAGUCUUUCUAUCUUUGUACAGCUGGUCUGAGAUCAGCGUUCAGCACUGAGGAGGAGAGAUGGAGGGCCGAGCUGGGGAGAGAACAACUGAGACAACAAGAAGACCGACUGAAGGCUCGUCUGCGCUGCAGUUUGUGGGAGCAGCAGGAGAAUCUGAAAGUUAAACGUCUGGAGACUGAAGACACUUUACUGGGACUGAAACACAGUCUGGACCAGCUGGACUCACUGCUCACACACACUCACACACACACUACGUAACACACA